AUGAGUAAAUUAUCGUAGGUUUUGAAAUCUCACACAGAUGUCAAUGGUGUCACCCUUUUUGAUCAUAUCAAUAGCUUCAUUAAUGAAGUCUUGUAAAGCAAUCAUAAGGAUAUGAACUCAAUCGAACUCUUAUCAGAUUUCACAAAAAAAAAUAGAUUUCUUUUCAAAAAAUUGUCAUCUGAAAGUGAAGUAAAUAAUCUUAGAGAUAAAAUCCCUGAAUUUGCUGAUUGGGUAAAGAGAGUUUCACAAUUACUAAAAGUAUAAUGGCUAUUGAAUUGUAGGGUUAAACAGUUGCAUAAAUGCCUACUAUUUUAUAAGACUUUGUUGCAUCCGCAAGAUUGUUGGAAGCUGCAGGUUAUGGUUUUGGAGAGGAAGAAACCUACUAGAUCCAAUUAAGUAUAAAAUAAUUAAGUGUAAAUAUCAAUAUCUAUUUUCAGAUUGAAACAAAUGCAACUGAAAUGACAUUUUUUGGAAAGAUACUUUGUAGAAAUUCUGAUUAUUAUGUUGCCAGAGGAGUAGUACCUAAACUACCUACUGAUUAUUUAGCACCAAAUGCUGAACCUAGAGGAGAUGGUGUAAAUUAUUAUACAUUCUGGGUUACUAAUGAUAGUAUUUAAUACUUUAAUCAAUAGUAUUGACUGAUUGGAAUGAGUUACCACUAGUAACCCCAGAAUAAAUUAAAGUGGCUAGAGAAAUUAAAUAUGUUUGUACAGGAAAUUUGAAUCAAGAAUUAAAAACUUAUCCUCCUUUUCCUGGAAAAGAAAAGCAUUAUUUAAAAGCAUAAUUAGUAAGGAUUUUACAUUCUAAUUUAAUUGCACCAAAAGGACUUUAUCAAUAAAAAGAGGAUAAUCGUAAAUUAAUAAAAUUAUUUAUUUAGCAAAGGAAUUGGAAUUUGUAGAAGAAUUCAAAAUCCCUGAAUUUGCUGAAUUGUAAAAUCCAGAUAGUUGGGUUCAUGUUCCUGCAUAAAUUUUAAAAUAAGGAAGAAUUACAUUAUACACAGAUGGAUUAUCUGAAGAAGCUAAAAAUGCUUUACUUGAGGCUAAUCCAGAUCUUGAUAGUGAAACAACAAGAUUAAAAGGUAUUGCUGAAGAUCGUCCACUUGAACCAUUUUAUCAAACAAAUUGGUUAAUUAAAACUGUUGGAGAUUAAAUGAUAUAUAAUCCUAAAGAUGAUAAUUCUGGUAAUAAUGUAUAUGCAACUGUAAUACUUAAAAACUACACUUGGAGUGGGGCUGUUACAGUAGCCAAUGUAUAUUUUAACAUAAAUUAAUUUAGUAAAAUCAAUGGGCAUUUUUCUAUGUUGGUUAUGGAUUUAAAGAUACUCAAGCAGCUUAUGUGCCUAUUCAAAAUAAUGAUUUAUAAUUGGAACCAGAAGAUAAAUCAGAAUUCCCUGAACCAAAUCCUAAAAAUGCACCUAAACCCCCUGAGCCAGAAAAAGUUGAAGGUCAAGAAGGUUAAGAUGGAUAAGAAUAGCAAGCAGAUCCAGAUGAUUAAUGAU